UUGUGUUACAGGCGCUGUGAACGUGUUUUAGAAUCGUUUUAUCACGGGAACCGCAUAAGCACGUCUUUAAUGCAUUACCAACAGGGUGCUGUGGGACCCAAAAGUCCUCUUAAAAUCUGCCCGUGUGUAUGUGUCUCGUGGUGUUACGUGUUAUAAGCAACUCUCUAAAGUGAACAUCCGGAGUUUGAAGACGCACUGACACAUCAGCCGGACACCUCCAAGCAAACAAAGAUGUCGGAGGGAACGCACCUGGACCCACAUGUGCUGGACCAGUCCAAGAUAGCACUGAUGCAGCCCAGCAUGCCUUCGUUUCUGCGCGACAGCAGCUCCACCUUCAUGAGCCACUCAGCUGGCUAUCAGAUCCCGUGCGUCAUCGGCAAGGAGGGCCAGGUGAUCGAGCACGGGCUCACCAAGGGCAUGGGCAUCGCCGUCUUCACCAGCGGCGGAGACUCGCAAGGCAUGAACUCCGCCGUCCGGGCCGCGGUGCGCAUGGGCAUCUACGUCGGUGCGCGGAUGUUCUUCAUCCGCGAGGGCUACCAGGGCAUGGUGGAUGGCGGCGACAACAUCGUGGAAGCCGAAUGGAGCUCCGUCUCCAGCAUCAUCCACAAGGGCGGCACGGUGAUCGGCUCGGCGCGCUGCAUGGACUUCAAGGAGCGCGCCGGCCGUCUGAAGGCUGCGGAGAACCUGGUGAAGCGCGGCAUCACCAACCUGGUGGUGAUCGGCGGCGAUGGCUCUCUGACAGGCGCCAACUGCUUCCGCCAGGAGUGGAGCAGCUUACUCGACGAGCUCCUCAAGAACUCGAGGAUCGCCGAGGGGGACAGGAAGAAGUACGCGCACCUGAACAUCGUCGGCAUGGUGGGCUCCAUCGACAACGACUUUUGCGGCACGGACAUGACAAUCGGCACCGACUCGGCGCUGCAUCGGAUCAUCGAGGCGUGCGACGCCAUCUCGGCCACGGCCUACUCGCACCAGCGCUGCUUCAUCAUGGAGGUGAUGGGCCGGCACUGCGGCUACCUGGCGCUGUCGGCGGCCGCGGCCAGCGAGGCCGACUUCCUGCUGCUGCCGGAGAGUCCGCCCACGCACGACUGGCCCGAGCGGCUGUGCGAGAAGCUGCGCCAGGAGCGCGAGCUGGGCCAGCGGCUCAACAUCAUCAUCGUGGCGGAGGGCGCCAUCGACCGCGACGGCAACGCCGUCACCGCCGACAAGAUCAAGCAGGUGGUGGUCGACAAUCUGGGCUUCGACACACGCGUCACCGUGCUGGGCCACGUGCAGCGCGGUGGCAGUCCCUCAGCCUUCGACCGCAUCCUGGGGUGCCGCAUGGGUGCCGAGGCGGUGCUGGCGCUCAUCGAGGCCACGCCGGAGACCGAGGCCAGCGUCAUCUCCCUGGACGGCAACCAGGCGGUGCGCGUGCCGCUUAUGGCCUGUGUCAAGAAGACACAGGCCGUCGCCGCCGCCAUGGCCGACAAGAACUGGGAGCUGGCCGUCGAGCUGCGCGGCAGGAGCUUUGCCCGCAACCUGGAGACGUACAAGAUGCUGACUCGUCUUAAGCCGCCCAAGGAGACCAUUGGAAAGAUGGUGCGGCAACAUACCCUCUGGGAUGAGGGCGGUCACACUCUAGCCGUGAUGCACGUGGGCGCGCCCUGCUGCGGCAUGAACGCCGCCGUGCGCUCGUUCGUCCGUAACAGCAUCUACCGCGGCGACACGGUGCUGGGCAUCCAGGACGGCAUCGAGGGCCUGGUGGAGGGCCAUGUGAAGGAGAUGGGCUGGGGCGACGUGACGGGAUGGGUGCCGCAGGGUGGCGCCUUCCUCGGCACCAAGCGCACCCUGCCGCAGAAGUACAUGCCGCAGGUGGCCGCCAAGUUCAAGGAGUAUAAGAUCCAGCGCUGGCCGGCGGCGCUGACAAUGCCUACAUCUUCGAGGAACCGUUCAACAUCAGCGACAUCCGCGAGGACAUCUACCACAUCAUCAAGAAGAUGGAGGAGGGCGGCAUCCAGCGCGGCCUGAUCCUCAGGAACGAGUAUGCCAACGCCAACUACACGACGGAGUUCCUGCACCAGGUGUUUAGCGAGGAGGGCAAGAACGUCUUCUCUUGUCGCAUGAAUGUGCUGGGUCACAUGCAGCAGGGCGGCUCGCCCAGUCCGUUCGACCGCAACAUGGCCACCAAGAUGGCUGCCAAGUGCACCGACUGGCUGGUGAAGGAGAUGGUCGCGAACACGAAGUCGGACGGCACGGUGUUCACCAACGCGCCGGAGAGCGUCUGCAUGCUCGGCCUGCGCUCGCGGCGCUACGAGUUCAUCCCGGUCCGGGAUCUGAAGGCCGAGACCGACUGGGAGCACCGGUCCCCGAAGCAGCAAUGGUGGAUGAAGCUCCGCCCCCUGAUGCGCAUUCUGGCCCAGCACACGGCCACGUACGAGGAAGACAACGUGGUCUUGGACCUUGAGGCCAAGGAGAAGGAGAGGGAAAAAGACCAUUCAAGGCACUACUACUAGCCAAUCGGAGGCGCAGGGCGGGGCUCUGAGCCUGAUGGCAGCCAAUGGCGUGCCAGCAGCGGUAGACAUCGGUAGCUACUACCAUUGUCGCCUAGUCGCUUCACGGAUCUUCAAAUUUUUGAGCAUUAGAAAUAUUAGUCAUGUUAAAUCGUCUUUGUUGUGAGUCGAGGGAUCGCUGCUGUUUUAAGUCGCCUACUGUGGCCCCAUCGGUUAGUCCUGUAGUGUUUAUUGCUGCCGCUGGCCGCCUGCGAACGCUCACCGUAUUUGUUCAAACACAGGCGCAGGCACGCUUGUGUUGCCGUGAAUUAACAGGCAGACGAGGCUUUCAGUGGACGAUGGUGUGCGAGUCUGUCCUGUCGGACAUUAAAUUCGUGGCGUCUGUAAACGGUGCGCUUAAUAGGGCUUAUUGACUUGUUUGUUGACCCCCGAAGAUUCGCUGCAGGACUUGUGCCCCCGACUUCAUAUCGCUAUCAAAGACAGUUACGUUGUGUUAUUAUUGCUCCCUACUGGAUUGUUCAACAAUAUAUCAGCAUUCCCCUGUGCUCGCUAUACAGGAAAUCCGCGGUCACGAAUGAGAAGUACGUCCACUCGAACAAAGCUUGAAGUUGUGUCAGGCUCUCAACGAUGGCAACGCACGCCGAUGUCGGUUAGGAUAUCAGCAUGCAUUGAAAUGGAAAGCCUGUGCCCAACAAGUGGCUAGAAGUGAAAGCGGGAGCGGGCAGGCUAGGCGUCAAGAAUGAUAGAAAUCGAAUAGUUCGAAGAGCAUUUCGAAGUCUAGACAUGCAAUUUAAGAAGUCAAGUAAAAGGUCGUGGCAAGCCAUUAUCUCACAGCCUUCGAGUAAACUCCAAUACAUGUAAAUGUACGAAGACAAGGUAUAAUUGAGUACCAUAAUCGAAAUUGCGGUGCGUUAUAUUCCAGUUUAAUGAACUCGGCGUUCCUU